AGCAGGCUUCCUCUUUGUUUAGUUCUCAUCCGCUGGUCUCACAUCGGACGGACGCAAACUUAAUUGAUCCGCCGGACUUACGUCGGACUGAAACUGGCUGUUUCUUGAACAAACUACGGUAUCAUCAAAUUCGAAUUGUAAUUGCAUUAAAAAGUGUGUUGGGCUGCUCUUCAACAUUCUGGCUUUAUUCUUCGGGAAUUUAUGAUUUCAGAAGCUGAAGAGGUAAGGUAGUUUUUUCGCGCAGACUUUGUUGGCACGGGAGGUGCUGGCGCACCAAGCGGUCUCCGUGUAGUUGGUUCGAAAAUUUCUUUCACAACGUCGAGCAUAGCUUUUCCCGUCGUGGUGUAAGAAACGGAGCAAGCGUAUCAUGCAGAAAAUAAAAAGUACAACACCCAUGCCUUUAAGAAGAAAAAAAAUGUGUUGCUUUUACAGAAAAAAAGUGUUGUUAUUGAUGAUCCGCUGCAGGGUCGACUUUCUGUGAUGCAAAAUCGAGAAUGCAACUCGGAACAUGUGGCAUGAGAACGGUGCCAAGAAAACAACCCGUCAUGAUGCCAAACAGAGCCAACGAGACACAACAGCAGGCAAAUAAAACUUUUGCAUCUCGCGGUGAGUAAGAGAAUACGAAUCAUAGUAAACGGGUGUGCUUUGACGUUUUCUAUGGCAUAAAACUAAAGCGAUCCAUCAGGAGAUGAAAAUGUUCAAGCUUCUCGCGGUCCUGACGUGCUGGUGCGCGUCCCAGUUCUUCUUCACCUUUACAACUCUGGUCGUUUGGGGCGGCACGGGCGGCGGGCCGACGCUCGUCGCCGCGUUGGGCAGGAGGAACGAAAAGGUAUCUUUCCUCGGUAGCGUCGUUUCUCCAUCAAGAUGAAAAUUCAAAAGAGUGGUUAAUAACUACUAUACUGCUAAGUAGACCACCAAGACCAACUGCACAUGACACGAAGGGAGCCAUUCUCUCCAUGAGAAAGCUAUAGUACCCACAACUCGUAUAUUUCUUGUAUGCAUUUUUAGUUAUCGAGUCAACGUGUAAUAGAAGUAGCUGGCGUUCGCUAAAAGUAAAAACAAAUCUUUACCAAAUUGCCCAUACAUACAGGCAGAACAAGAUACGGGCGGGGGACAAGCGAGCCUUGGCGGCAGGAGCAUAUGAGAACGCACAACUUUCUUCCUCUCCGAAUCAUAAUUUCAGGGGCAUUUUUCUUUUUCGUAACAACAAAAGGGCUGGCGAAAGUGCAAGUUCAUUUUGUGUGACAAGUUUACGCAGGUUUGUGCCGCGGUCCUUCGGAUCCUCCCGCUACUCCUAGAACCUGCCAUGCGCAACCAGUGCCAUGCCCAACCAGUGCCAAGCAGUGAAGUGGGCUUGGUACUACUACUGUGAUGCACAACACAACGAGGGGGAGUGGGAGGGGACGUAGUUGUGCACUCUCAUACGCCGGGCCUUCAAUCGAAUACUUGGCGGCGUUACACAACAGUCGCUACGCACCCUAUCGUAUAGAAAAAACUGUUUAUUCACUGUAAACUUUUUUAAAUGCAGAUCCAGAUGAAUGUAUGUCGCAGAAAUGUUGGUGCUAACGUGUAUCAUUCAAAUAGAACAAACUUGUCGUGCGAAAUUUGCAAUGGAUAUAAAAUCCUUAUUUUACAGUGAUAAAACACUUUUUUCGUAUGAUUCCCAACGACGAACACGAAGCGAAACAAAGAUGGAAGAAAAAAUCCGACUUAUCCUAUGUGAAAACUUACCCACGACCCCGCCGCAGAGAGUCAAGAUUACACACGACGAAUUAAGCAGCUCUGCGAAUCGUGCAUGACAAGACACCAGUUGGAUCUAGUCAUAAUUUUAAGCUAGCAGUUGCAGGUGCACCACUGCAGAUCCACUUUUUUGUUCGAAUUUAGAAUAUCCAAAUUUGUAGUACGACGAGCUCGCUGGGGUGCGUGCGUGUUUACUCAGGAUACGACUGUACGCGGUUUUUUUACAACAAAUAUAAAUAUAUUAAAGCUUCAUGAUAUUAGGUAAGUAUAAGGAAUUACCCGACGAACUUUGCGCAAUAAAGUGAACAAGUCUUUACCCGCGAACUCUGUCGCGACGUCUCGUCCUCUGUUUUCUUCGAGGUACUAAUAUUAUCCAUGAGGAAACCAGACAGCGUUAGUGCAGCAGAAUUGUUGCUGUGAAAGCAUGACAAAUUUGCUUCCCUGCCGGGCGGAAAGUGUAAGUAUGUCCAAACGUCGUCGCAUAUGAAGAACAGGGACUUCGUGCUUGUCUGGUAUGACAAGUGUAGAUGUGUGGCAAUAUUUUAAUUUCACAAAUAAUAUCAUUAUCCUACACUAACACAAUUUUUUUCGCCGAUAGGUACACGCAAACGGAGCAGUCUAGUACUUCCUUGUCCCAAGAUAUCGAGACAAAACUCUGCUUUGCUGUGAACUUGUGACGCAUAGAAUGGAGCACAGAACUAUUUGUCUUGUUACAAUUGCAGACCAUUGGACUUUUGAGCAUGUUUUCCCUUGGGAGGCAAAGUUUCUGUAACAGCAAACUGAAAUGUGAUGCAAAUGAUCUUGUAAAGCCAUGCCAUCAGAUCACAGUGAAGCAGUUUUUUCAUGGGAUACAAAAACAGCAACAAGGUGCCGACUCGCAGGUCAGCAAGCCGAAAGGCGAGGCGGACGUGGCUAUCAACUGCAAAUAUGUCAGGGUCUGGAAUAGAAACGCUGAGCGUUGUCAUGCAGGACGGAGGUACUUCUGCAUGGCGAUGGGUCUUGCGAUGCCUACUAUGCAUGAGGAAUGCUCCUUACUCAGUGUGGCUAGAAGUGGCAAGCUUGUGCUAUUUGUGCAUGAUAUAUUUUUGUGGGACUGGCACCGACAGAGGGCCCCACAAGUUCGCAUGUUUCCAGACGCAGACAUAUUUGCAAUGCAUACUGGCUACUGGCGAUGUAUACUACACGUAGCAUAAAUCAUGAUGAAAUAGCUUACCCUUCGUUUACUGUAUGGGAAACCAAAUUUUCACGCCUAUAUAUUAACAACGCACUUUAGUUAGUAGUCAGUAAACUUGUCUCACUCAGUGACUUCCUUUGACAUCUUGGCGCAUGACUGUGCGCUUCUUGAAGUUUUAUAUUUGUGUCAACCUUUCAAAAUAGCACACACGAGCACGACACCAGAAUGGCGGCAACGCCGAGGUCGAUGCGGCCCCGGUACCGGGAUCGAAGGCAUCGGCGGAAGGAAAGCCCCUCGCACCCACCACACCAGGCGAAGUGGCAGGGUACUAUUAAGCACUAGACUAGGGUAGAUUUUCUACGCGUUGCAUGCUCGACUGCCGUGAGAAAGUCGUAAUUUUUCUUGCACUUGCAGUUGCACUUGAAUGUUUGGACUUUUUCGUAAAGGUUAAAUUUUUGAAAUCGAAAGUAGCCUGACUACUUCUGCUCGUUAUUGUUUUGUCGUGUAACACUAACAUCGAGUCUGUUUUAGCUUCACAUGACGAGGCAAUUCGCGAUGAAAAAGCGCUUAUGAACUUUGUUCAGGUAUAAAGAACACGGGACCAGUGCCAGUACCUCAGUCGGCCAACAGGAACACAAGGACUCGCCGCCGAGCGAGGCAACGGGUGAGAACGACUUGGCUGCGGAACGAGAAAACUUUCUCGAGGUACUUUUUUACCUGUGGGAACUAGUAGCGCUGUUGCAGUUUCGCUGUAAGUGUACAGGAGUGUUUUGAUGUCACGAAGAAAGUACUUGUACUUGUAGGGCUACAGAAAGUUGUGGGAGCUCUUGGUCUCUCACCAGUGUUGAUUUUCAGUUGAAAAACCUCACAAAAUGAUCCACACCAGGUAAACCCCAACAGCGACAGCUCGACGAGCGAAUUCAAGGAGCAGACACAGGAAGCCCCGGGCCCAAAAGACUCGCGCUCGCCAGCGGAGAAGCCCCUCGCACCCGCUGCACCAAGUGACGCCGGACGAGGGUACUAAGCGUUAGCGGAGAGUAGAAUUUCGUAUAUGAAUUGCAUGUCCAUCCUCAAAGCCGAAAGUUGAAGUUUAAUAUAACAGAAACAAAAGGGCUCGGUUUCCACGUGCUGCUGAAUGCUCGGCCUUUGUUCGUCGUAGAGGACCAAUUAAGACUGAACGCAGACCAACUGUCCAUCACUAUUUCAUCAACAGAGCGACGGCGAGUGACGUCGUCCUGUUUGUUUUAUUAAAUAGCGUGCUUUCGUCAUAGACUUAGACACCGAGGCGCUUCGGGGUGAAAAAGAGCAGUGAGACUAGUUUCAAUUUCGUUUGUUUUCAGGUACAAAGACGAGUCCAGUGGCAGUACCGCGGUCGCUAAAGAGGAACAAGGGGGUGUGGUGCCCAGCGAGGCGACGGGCGCGGCCGAUCUAGGUGCGGAACAAGAAAGCUUUCGCGAGGUAUAGUCAGGAAGUAGGCGGAGGCCUAAGUAGUUGUAAGGGGAACUCUAUGUAUAAUUUUGCGAAACGCUCUCUACUUUGUUUUGCGUGCCCAGGAAUAGAUCGAAGAUAAUAGUAAUGUUAAAGCAGCAGCAGCAUUUGCGGUUUGUACGUUUCACGACUUCUUUGUGCAUAUAAUAUAUAGAAAGACCAUGAUUGUCAGCGCGCGGCACCCAACCACUUCUUCAUCGCUGUUGUUUUCGUUUGAUUCGUUGCUGUCUUUUGUAAAUUUUCCGAUAACGGACUACAGCUACAAAGCUGCAGAAAGUGCGAAGUAGUUCGGGCUUGAUUGCUUUGAGUUGAUGUUGGAAAUCCCACACCAGGUAAACCCACACAGCGACAGGUCCGGCGAAUUCAAAAAACAGACAGAGAAAGUCCCGGGCCCAAAAGACUCGCCGGCGGAGAAGCCCCUCGCACCCGCCGCACCAAGCGAAGCCGGAGGGUAUUAAGCGUGAGUGGAUGUUGUAUGAGUUGCAUGUUUAUCCUCGAAGUCGAAAAUUUUUUACCACGAACAAGGGCGUUCGGUUUGCAGGUGCAGCUCAAUGCUGGGUCCUUUUUUCACCGCAAAGGCCCAGAUCCUUGACGCAGACCGACUGCUCGCAACUAUUUUGUCACCAGGGCUAGUGCCACUGGCAUCAUCCUGUCUGUUUUGAGCAAUAGCACAGAGGCGCUUUCUUGGGUUGAAAAGGAGCAGUGAGAUUAGUUCCAAUUUCCUUUGUUUCCAGGUCCAAACACGAGACCAGUGGCAGUACCGCGGUCGCCCAACCGGAACACAAAGACUCGGCCCCGAGCGAGGCGAAUGGCGGAGGCGACCUGCCUGCGGAACGAGAAAGCUUUCGGGAGGUAUAAGUAGUCAGGCACUACACGUGGGCUUCACUGUAAACAAAGCUUUAAUAUGUACAAGCACAAACACUUCGAGAACACCCCAACCACUUGGCUUUCUGUCAGACGCUCGGGAAAACGAGCUUAUCUAAGAAAACCAGGGCCCUUGCUUGGCGCCUUAAGUACUGUUGAGUCUCCCAGCUUCAUCUCUCCGUUAUGGCAUGGCUGUUUUUUUCGUUUGGCUUUCUGUAUUUUACUGCUGGAGCUGGAGUAGAUGUAGAACCGCGGCGAAUAGAUAUAGAUUAGGAGGCUGCAGAAACUAGAGGUCCGGGCUCCCCUUCCCAGUGUUGAAUUGAAGAACCUGCAAAAUAUAUAAUUCCCUAUACCUCCAGGUAAACCCAAACAGGCACAGCGACGUUAGUGCGCAUCCGACGGGGAAGCCUCUCGCGCCGGCCACAUCAAGCGAGGAGAAAGGGUGUUGCUACUUGCUCACUUUUUUACUAAUUUGGUUUCGAGAACAAGACGUCUACACUUGUUGGACUUUGAUAUAUGAAGGCUCAUGAGUCUCUUGUGCCGAAUUAUUUCUGAAUAGCAACAAGAAUUUGCAGACUACAAAAAGUAUGUAAGUAGUUUGUUUUUCGCAGACGUGAGCGAACGCUUGAGCUUGAUAUAGGGAAGUUUGUAGUACUUACUAGAAACGGGAACGGCAGGUAUGAGAUGCCCAUUUACAUUGCGGUCUGCCCUCCCCCGGAGGACACCAUCCUGGAGAUUGUCUUUGCAAACAAUAUUGCGUGCACACACGAUGCGUCCUCUCUUGUUUUAAUCGAGCGAGAUGAAUAUUUGGCCCUUAUCUACGUUAUCACAGGGUCGGGAAAGAAGCCAGCGCAGUUGAAAUGAUCGGCGCACAGGCCUGUUCGCCGGCGGGGAUCCAUGGAGAUUACAGCAACAAAGCAAAUCUAAAAAAAUUUUGGAUGCCGAAGUGCAACGACCCGUACUUGCUUCUGACGUAUCUAGCAUCACAGAGAGACAACCCGGAUCGCCGGUCCCGUGCGCAGGACAUGGGGGAAAUCCUCGCGUCGACACACGCUCUCGACGAAGCAAUCGCAGAAGUACUGCAUCCCCGUCAGGCGAGGGACGUGCAGGCCGCGCCGCCAGAGGGGAAGGGAAAACGGUGCAUGUACAUGUUUUUCGCUAACUCCUACGGAGUCAAGAACGACAUGGCCGAAGCGGAGUACGUCACUGGAAUAGCGCGGAAAAUCUCCGCAUUGCAUGGUUGUGCUAAAUGGAGCGCAACCAUGGAACUUCUUGAAAGCGGCGCUCAGUAUCCGCAAGCCGAUGGGUCUGAAAAAGAUAAAAGAACAAAAAUACAAGCGAUCAUGAACAAACAUUACGAAAACGGCUACCUGGUAUUACCGAUUCCGAGUUUUUUCGAUAUCCUACAUGCCCAGUACGAUGAACUGAUGAACCAGAACGCCGAGGGUCUCAUGGCUACCCUGGCCGAUAGCCUCCAAAAGAUACUCGAUGCAAUGCCCGAGUCGAUGGCCGACAUGGCCAAGUCUAUCGCCGUUUCGGAGAUGCCCAACAUGGACGCGGACAACAGCGGCGACAUAUGCGUCGACGAGUUCACGAAGGCCCUGAAAGAACUCGUUAUAGAUCGUAUCCUUUCACCUGUGCGGUCGGCACUUGCAGCUGUGCCACUCUUCGGUCCGUCUCUUUCCAGCCUCUUCGCGACUUUCUACUCUUCAAUGUCCGGAGAACUACUAGUAGAACUCGACCGACAGAUUCUGGAUUUUAUCGCUUACCAGAAAACGCUGGUAAUGGAAGAGAACUUUCGGUUUUUCGAUGAAGACGGGCAGGAGCUGCUUAAGGAAAUCCACGCGGCCGAUGAAGAAGAAGAAUUUUCUCCAGAAGGUUUCUUAACAUAUGAAGCUCUUCGGAAGACUCUUGUGCGCCGGAUACACAAACGUGCCGAGGAGCGAAAGACUCCUACUUUACCUUCUCCGCCUCAGGGAGAUCAGGGCGAUGUCGAUGUGGAUUCAGGAGAUUCAGGUCAUCAUGAAUACAGACCUUUGUCGACUGAGGAGGGCGUGGACGUCAGAAAAUAUCAGGCAGAAAGAAUACUUUUUCAAAAAAGCCCAGAAAUACGCUCUUUGCAGGAGAAGCAGCGGCAGCUAGAGCUUGAACUUGAAACGCUGCAAGCUUCUGCUGAUGAUCGAGUUCGGAGGGAACUUGAAUUAAUUAUAGACCUGGAAAAGGAAACCCGAACUCGUUAUUUGCCGAAGACGGACAGUGGCCCCAAGGUUUCAACUGCAGGAUCAUCUCCGAAUAAGCUUCUGUGGGCGCUCGCGUUUGGAGGACCUAACGGCAAGUGCUUUGUUAUCAACUGGAGUAGCAAAAAGAGGUCGAAGCUUAUCGAGGUGCUUGGCAAGGCGUUGGGUAAACAAGUGGCCGAUGUUUUCAGAAAGGUUUUGUCACAAGUAAAAAGAAAAAUUCCGAUUGAGCGCUUCGCGAAUUUCGCGGAGAAUGUAUUCUCCGUAAUUGCCGGAAUGGGACAAACCACGGAGGUGGUUUUACGGAAAAAACAGGAAUUGCUCGAAUUUUCUCAAAAGCCGCUGGGCGACAAACUUAAAAUCAUCGCAAAGCGCGCGAGCGGUUCGUCUUGGACAGUCCGCGACGUAGAAAUGAAAAUGACAGCGACGCAGAAGCAACCGGCUGAAACACUGGACGAUGACGAUAGCAAUGCUAGUAGUACAAGUACCGCUUCUCCUCGUAGUAGCUCCGCCGGCAGUCCCUCGUUCGGUUUGGGGCGUGUGCUUUCCCUAGACGGGCCCCCUUCUGCGGGCCCUGAAAAGGGUAAGGCUUCUCUAAGUAGUUAA